AUGGUAAUUAGUUAUUUUAACAAAAACAUUUCCGAAACCGUAGAGGCGCUGAUAUUGACAGUGACCACUAUCUGGUUGUUGCCGAAAUACGCCUCAAGGUUGCGGUCGCGCAACCAGCCACCGCUCCUGGUAGGGCUGGAAGAAGAUAUGACGUCACUAAGCCUUCAGCUUGAAGACACAUCUCCACCACCCAGGCCACUUGACAUCAAUGACGAAUCACCUACGCGUGAUGAAGUAGCGAGAGCAGUCAUGGCUCUUCGGACUAUUAAAAAAAAAAGCCUGAUCUUGACUUAA